AUGUUUAAGCUCCGAUCUGAUCUGCGCUGGGGGAUAAUAGAGUCCAGACUUUCUCACAACUGCACAGGCCCAAGCGCUGCAAGGGGCGGGACCUGCUCUACCAGGAGGCGCCUAGCUACUCUUGCGACCUGCAAUCUCAAUCAGUGGGCUUUGGACUUUGGUGGGAACCUUCAGCGGGUCAUUGACUCAAUCAAUGAGGCAAAGCGGCUGGGCGCACGCUACCGUGGAGGGCCUGAGCUGGAGCUGCCAGCAUAUGGAUGCGAGGACCACUUCCAGGAGUUGGACACAGUCGAGCACAGCUGGGAGUGUGUGGCUGAGCUGCUGAGGGGCGGCCACACCCAGGACAUCCUCUGUGAUGUGGGCCUGCCCAUCAUCCAUCGAGGCGUGCGUUACAACUGCCGAAUCUUCCUCCUGGACGGCAAGGUCCUGUUCAUUCGCCCAAAGCUGGCCAUGGCAGAUGACGGCAACUACAGGGAGUCCAGGUAUUUCAAGAGCUGGAAGCGGGCGCGAGAGGUGGAGGAUCAUGGCCUGCCGCCAGAGAUCCGAGAGGUCACUGGGCAGCGCACCUGCCCAUUCGGCGACGCAGCGCUGGCCCUCAACGAUGCGGUGCUGGCUGCUGAGACAUGCGAGGAGCUGUUCACCCCUGCCGCGCCGCACAUCGCCCUCGCCCUGUCCGGCGUUGAGAUCAUCACGAAUGGCAGCGGAAGCCACCACCAGGCAGGAUACCAGAUCUUCACUAGCCCCCAGCUGAGGAAGCUGCACCAGCGGCUGGACCUGAUAAAGAGCGGCACAGCCAAGGCGGGCGGCGUCUAUCUCUACGCCAACCAGCAGGGCUGCGAUGGCAACCGCCUCUACUACGACGGCUGUGCCUGCAUCGCCAUCAAUGGCCAACUCGUUGCGCAGGGGUCGCAGUUUGCAGUGGGAGAUGUGGAGGUGGUGACGGCGACAGUGGAUUUGGACGAGGUGGUCUCCUACAGGGGGGCUGUCAGUAGCCUGCAGGAACAGGCCAGCUCAGCGCCACAUGUGCCCACCAUCCCCGUGGACUUCGACCUGUGCUGCCCCGAUGAGGCCGGCGUCGUUCCAAAUGGCCCCAUUGAGCCCCGCUACCAUGUUCCCGAAGAGGAGAUAGCCCUGGGUCCAGCAUGUUGGCUGUGGGACUAUUUGAGGCGCUCUGGCGCGUCUGGGUUCCUGCUGCCGCUGAGCGGCGGCGCAGACAGCUCGGCAGUGGCGGCCAUUGUUGGAAGCAUGUGCCAACAGGUCGUGGCGGCCGUCAAGGCAGGGGACAAGAAGGUGGAGGAGGAUGCGCGGCGGGUGGGGCAGUAUAGUGCAUCAGAGAGCGUGAGCACAGGAGAAGACUUAGCAGGGCGGCUGCUCACUACUGUCUUUAUGGGCACGGUGAACAGCAGCAAGGAGACUCAGGACCGCGCAACGCUUCUGGCGCAGCAGGUUGGUGCUGAUCACCUGGAUGUGAAGAUUGACACGGUGGUGGACGCAAUGGCGAAGCUGCUGUCAGUCAUUGUCGGCCGGACCCCCCGCUUCCGGGCGGACGGAGGCACUACUGCAGAGAACUUGGCGCUGCAGAACAUACAGGCGCGGCUGCGCAUGGUGCUGGCGUUCUUUCUGGCGCAGCUGCGGCCCUGGUCUCGUGGCCGCUCAGGCUUCCUGCUGGUGCUGGGCACAGCCAAUGUUGACGAGUGCCUGCGCGGCUACCUCACCAAGUAUGACUGUUCAUCGGCUGACCUGAACCCCAUUGGGGCGAUCAGCAAGAACGACCUGCGCAAGUUUCUGGUCUGGGCGGCAGAGAAUCUUGGCUACAGCGAGCUCAUGCGCGUGCAGGCUGCCCCCCCCACUGCAGAGCUGGAGCCUGUUCGAGAGAAUGUGGCGGCUCAGCUGGAUGAGGUGGACAUGGGGAUGACCUACGACGAGCUGGGAAUUUAUGGCCGCCUUAGAAAGAUUGGCCGCUGUGGGCCAGUCUCAAUGUUCCGACGGCUCCUUGUGGAAUGGGAGGGCAGGUACCCUCCCAAGUUGAUUGCAGAGCGUGUGAAAAAUUUCUUCAAGUACUACUCCCUGAACCGCCACAAAACUACAACAUUGACGCCAUCGUACCAUGCAGAAAGCUAUUCUCCAGAUGACAACAGAUUCGACCACCGUCCCUUCCUGUACAACGUGAGGUGGCCUUGGCAAUUUCAAAGCAUAGACUGCAUAGCUGAGAGAUGCAAGUCAAGGUCAUGA